AUGUGGAUAUCGAAGUCAAAAGAGAGAGCUAAAGACAAUCUGGCGAUCAUCACAAGAUUAGCCAACUCCAUCGCAAGCCAACACCCCGACGAUGAAGACGCCCAGUGGCGGGCCCAAACAGCGACAGCACUGCUCCAGGAUUUCGGUAUCACACCUCGAGCCCCCACAGCUAGAAGCAGUAGGGUUAUCUCUGCGUCGCCUAGCGAAUCCCAGCACUCCGUGAAGUUACCGGCUGAGCUAUACCGAAUGAUUGUUGGAUUCGUGAAUACCUUUCGUCAACAGUCCCGAUCGAGAGAGCCGACAUUGCUUGCGCUCUCAUGUACAUGCAAAGCACUAAACACCUUCGCCGAAGAACUCAUUUAUAAGCAUCCCGGGGUCCUUCACGACAGUGACAAAAAGUGGAAAUUCUUGUUCAGCCUCAAAAUCAGGCCGACCCGGGCGAGCCUUGUACGAUCCCUGCUACUCGACUGGGAUCGCCAUGUGGAAAAUGAUGAUCCGUUGAUGGAUAUCCUCGCCUCAUGCACGAAUAUCGAGUUCCUUUUCGUCGGCAAUGGAAGUGGGAAUCCACUGAUGAGCCACGUCGAUCAACUUGAGGGAUUGCAGCUUAUACUCUCUACCUGUACUCGCCUCAAGUCACUUCAUUACUUCACCAGCUUGGGGUCCAAUUGUGGGGCCCAGGGCGGAAUGGGAGUAAUUGAAGCGCAAAGAUGUCUCUCUGAUUGGAUCUCCAUCCACCCUCGGGUCAAGCAAUCAUUGAGACAGCUUGAGACCCUAGGCCUAGAUGGCCCGUUGUCGAGUUGGAUAUUCCAAGGUUCUCUUCAAUACCUUUCCUCCAACUUGACAUCCCUACAGCUCAGGUGGCAUAACGCCUUGGAUUUCAGUAGCACUCCACUCUUUGAUGUAUCUCAACAGUGCCAGAAGCUAAAGGUUCUUGUGGUCUCAUACAGACUCGUUACCACUGACGAUCUGGAGAAAGCAUGCCAAGCAUGGGCUAGCACACUAGAAGCACUUCAAGUUGACUACGUAAGAGAGAACAAGGAUUGGAUCUCAAACGUCAUACCCCAUCUGAGAAAACUAAAAGUGCUAUUUCUAGCGAGACAUUGCUAUGUAUCCGCCGACAGCAUCAAGGCCGUUGUCAGGGCAGAGAUGUCGUUGGAAUCGAUAUCCAUAAUGAAUGUGGAAGGCUUGGAUUUCAUGUCCAGGGCUCGAACUCAAAUGAUAUCUGAUGCAGCGAACGAGGCUCUAACCGACCUGAUCGAAGCACACUCAUCUACCCUUCGCCGUAUCGUCAUAUUCCCUAGUGUGGGCGAGCUCGUCAUCCAGUGCUGCAAGACGGCAAAAGGUCUUAGAUCUUUGAACAUAAGAUUGCCUGAUGAGACACCGCCUCGACUUAUUGAUGGCUUCUUGAACUCAUGCCCUGAGUUGGUUGAUUUCCCAGAAAGCUUCGAGAAAUAUUCAAAUCAAAGGAGUGAGUGGAAAGACCGAAGACAGUUUAGGACGGAGGUGCUUCCAAUGCAAAAGAAGCUCUUGGAAGGUCGUAUACUCGAUUACUAA